AUGGUUUAUUGGAGACUGCUUUUCUUGUUUUCACAUACCCUCAUCACCAUCACCGUCACCGUCACCGUCACCGUCACCAUUGCUCAGCCUAAUUUUACAUUUAGUUACUGUGUGCCUAAUCCAAAUAACAGCACUAUUACUUAUGAGGCAAACCUCAAGACUGUCAUUUCUUCUUUCUCCUCAACCAUUAACAGUGAUGGAUUUUACAGUGCUUCUCUUGGCCAAAACUCUGAUAGAGUUAAUGCAAUAUUGCUUUGUAGAGGAGAUGUUGAACUCGAUAGCUGUCGUAGCUGUGUCAAUGAUUCUACUCAUAAGCUCAUACAAGUUUGUCCAAACUACACGGAGGCAAUCGCAUGGUAUGAUUAUUGCAGGUGA